CGGACAGCUUCAUCGUAGUGCGCUGUGUCAGUUGGGAGAAGUGACUGAGAUGGCAGAUUUGUCGUUGUAUUUAACUAAUGUCAACGUUUCACUGGGACAAACUAUGGAAACUGAUAAGAGUCAUGGCGGGGCGACAGACUUUGAGACGGUGGAGAUAGGAGACUCUGCUGGGAGGCAGGGGAGGGUCAAGGUUCCCCGCAGGACCAUCUACUUUGCCAGUGGGGAGACUAUGGAGGAGUACAGCACCGAUGAAGAGGAGGAAAAGGAGGCGCCUGUGAAGAAAGAAGUCACAACUGUAGAUUCGUCCCAACUGACCUGGGGUCCAUAUUUCUGGUUCCACAUGUGGAGGAUGGCCACCUCCACUGUCUCAGUGUGUGAUUACAUGGGAGAGAGACUGGCCUCUCUGUUUGGCAUCACUACUCCUAAAUACCAGUACGCUAUUGAUGAGUACUACCGUAUGAAGAAAGAGGAGGAGGAGGAAGAGGAGGAGAACCGUCUGGCUGACAUGGCGGAGCACCGGUUUGCCGAACAGCAUAGAGGUGAGCAGGACGGUCCUCAUCCGGCUACUGUGGAGCAGCCAGGAGCGUCUGGAGCUUCCUUCGUAAACAUUAGCUUUGAGCUCAAACCUGAGUCUACUCUCAACGUUCCAGACGUCAACAGAGUCCCUUCUCCCCUCCCCUCCUGAAAACUGACUCUCACAGAUGGCUAACAUUCACACAUAUCUAUCAGUUGGCAAAGCCUUGAUUUACUUAGCUGUAUAGAUUAACAAUAUUGUUAUUUUUCUAUGUUUUUAUUUUACAAAAAGAGAUCUUAGUAAACCGUGCAGGGAAAUAUUAAAAGGGCUGUGGAAGUGACUGCACUAGCCUUACCUGUGAAUGUAAAUUUGUGUAUGGUGUGAAAAUGUAUGCAAGACUGACAUGUAUCAUUCAUUGACCAAACUGGGACUGCUUCUUGUCCCCCAUAUCCCUGUCGACACCUGGUGUGUGCAUUUGCAAAGGCUCAAGGCUACUGUACCUCCUUUAACAUGACACAUGUAAUUGGCUACUUACAUCCAGAGGCAUGAGCCAUGGAUCACUCCAACUAAGGGCUGGUUAAUCUAAAAGCUAAUUUAAUUGGUAUGAUGUUCAGUUUCAUAUAUUAAUUACUUAUUUGACCACAAUCUUCUUCUUGUUUCCCUCCAGAGAAUUUACUUAGUUUUGUGUCCCUCCUGGUGAGCAUUAUAUCCAAGUCAUAGUGAAAGCGUCCAGUAGACUAGAGCCUGACUUUAACUGGCCCUGCUAGGAUCUUGGUACAGUACUUGACUCUGUAGUGAACCACAGGCUGAGCUCACAGCUGUCAGCUAUAAUCAGCCAUAGUGCUACAGGUCCAUGUGCAUAGUGUAUUGAUUACAUAAUAGAGAUUCUGAGGCCGGCACGUCAUCGUUUAAACUGACGACGAUCUACUUUCUUUACUUUCUACUUGUUACAAAGUAAAAAUGUGUUUCUGUGAUACUUUAAAUCAGUUGACAACAACUUGCAUGAAGUAGUACUAAUUGUAUUCUGUUGGAAAAGCCAAAAGUGCCCUUUUUAGCCAAUGUAGAUCAAUUAAUAAUAUCAAUAUAGGUAAAAUCUUUGAAAAUCUGUUAAUUUAUUGAUGACCGAUGAUCUAUGUUGGCAGGUUAGGUUACACACAGUGCCGCCUUAGUGUGUGUGUGUUGAGGUGUCAUUUUAAGUGUCCUUGUGGAAGUGUUUCAUACAAGUGUUAAGUUGGGCAGUGGGCGUAAUGCUGAGACUGAGCUGUCAUAAGCUUCUUAUUGAUUAUUUUUACCCACAGAGAUGACUAUGGUGACGGUGACAGGCCUUAGAUCUCCUCAGAGCCAGUAAAGGAUGAAGUGAAUCUCAAAUUGGGCUUUAAAAGAUAUACCAAAAGUAAAAUCCCACCAUAUCAGACCAUUAAAUGUGUACGGUAUGUUAACAACACUACAUUAGUCAACGAACGACAUUAUUCAUGCGUUUGUGUAAAAAGGGCAAAAAUAUGCAAAAGUUUUGGUUACUUUGACAAAGUUUUAAUAACUCUAUAUACAUAUUUAUUUUUUCUGUGUGUUAAUAAAACUUUAAGUGUUA